AAGAAACUGAGCUAGCCCAGUUCCAACACAUCUCUCUUAAGGCUCAGCAUGCUCCCCAGCCUGGUCUCUCUUGUUGAUAUUGCCUUCAGCAAUGCUCGGCAGGCUAUCGAUUCGAAUGUUGCCACUUCUGGCUGUCAAUGUUAUCAAGAAAAAAGACAUGGAAUUUGAGGUGCAUCCUUACUAUAAUCUCACAGUAAAAAUCUUGAGAGCCAGAAACAUCCAUGGCCUAGAUAUAUUGUCUAAAUCAGAUUGUUAUGUGGCCUUGAAACUUCCUACGGCAUCUCCAUUGAUAAAAAGAACUCCGGUUGUCUACAACAGCAGUGAUCCUGAAUGGAAUGAAACUUUCCAAUACCGAAUCCAUAGUGCUGUAAAGAAUAUUCUGGAGUUAUCAUUCUACAACAGAGGCAUUUUGCUGAGCAGUCUGAACAGUUAUGAUACUUCCGUUGCUUUUGACUUAGGUAAUAUUGCCCCAGGACAGGAUCUGACACAUACAUUUGCGCUAAAUUCUGAGGAGAAAAGAGCAGAACUGGAUGUUGAAUUUUCAUUGGAAAAAUGCAAGCAUCCUUCCUGCAGGAUCAUUACUAAUGGAGUUCUUGUGGCACAACCUUGUCUGUGUAUUAAAGGAACUAUCAAUAAAAGUAAGAUGGCCCCAUGGAUGAUAAAGGAUAAUUGCCAAAUUAACUUAUCGGUACCAGGGUCCUUUGAAAACCAGUUAACAGCAUUCUGUGGAGUAAAUUUAGAAGAAAACCAGGAGGAGAUUCCAUUUAUUUUUCAUGUGAACAAAGAAGUGUCUUCUCACCUGAACCUGAAAUUGUUACAAACCAUAGCAAUACUAGAGGAAGGGUGGAGUGAGGAUUUAGAGGUGAAGACUUCAAUGGUUGGGAAUGCAAUUAUUCCAGUCUCCGAACUCCCUCUUGGAAAGGAAGUUGAACUGACUGUACCUCUAGGAAGGGAUCACGUUUUGGAUCUGACUCUGAAAGUUGAAGAAAGGAACCAUCCUAUUGAUAUGGAUGUACGUAUUGGCUUUAAACUUUCUAAGGGAGAGCAAGAAUUUUUGGCAAGGAGAAAGACUAUUGUUUCUCGUGCUUUGAAGAACGUAUUAAAACUGAGGGUGCCACCCUGGAAAGAAGAGGUUCCUAUAGUGGCUGUAUUAGCUUCUGGAGGAGGGAUGAGAGCAAUGACUAGUUGUUUUGGCAGCCUGUCUGGUCUACAACAGCUGGGCCUCUUAGAUAUCUUCACAUAUUUUAGUGGCAUUUCAGGGUCUACAUGGUGUAUGUCCAUGCUCUACAAAGAUGCUUACUGGUCCCAAAGAAAUCUCCAGCAUACAAUUGACAAUGCUCAGAAAAUUGUAACAAGUGGAAAAGUUGGGGCAUUUUCUGCUGAACAACUAGCAUAUUAUUUUCAGGAGUUAAUUGCCUGGGAGAAAACAGGAAGGAAAGCUACCCUUGUGGAUUUAUGGGGCCUGAUCAUAGAGUACAUCCUAAACAACAAGAAGGACCCAACAAAGCUAUCUGACCAACAGAAAGCAGUCAUAAUGGGACAAAAUCCCUAUCCUAUUUAUGCAGCUCAAAAUGUGAGGAUGAAUAUUAAAACCAGCGAAUUUACAGAAUGGGUUGAAUAUACACCCUAUGAAUUUGGUAUUCAUAAAUAUGGGGCUUUUAUACGCAUGGAAGACUAUAGCAGUAAAUUUUUCAUGGGACUAUUGCUUGAGAAACACGAAGAGCCCAGAAUCUGUUUCCUCCAAGGAAUUUGGGCCAGUGCCUUUGCAGGCAAUAUAGAUGACAUGUGGGAAGAUGCAGAGAUUUCUCAGCUGAAAUUCACAGAAUCUGUGAAAGAUGCCAUCAGAAUUGUAGAUGAACUGUUGGGUUCUCAGUCUCUUGACCCUUCACUGAAACAGUCUCAAGGUAUCAUGCCAGGAGGAGUCUUUACACAUUUAUUUAGCAAUUUAGUUAAAUCACGAAUCACCACAGGGGAAAACUUUAACUUUCUUCAUGGACUGCAUCUUCAUCGAAACUAUGUGAAUGAUCAAGAAUUUGUAGCAUGGAAAGGGACACAUCUGGAUGCUGUACCCAAUCAACUGACACCUGAAGAAAGCAGUCUGCAUCUAGUGGAUGGGGGAUUUGCUAUCAAUUCCCCCUUUCCAUUGGUGCUUCAGCCAGAGAGAGAUGUGGAUGUGAUCUUCUCAUUCAAUUACUCUUGGCAAGCUCCUUUUGAAGUCUUGCAUCAAGCACAGAGAUAUUGUGAAGAAAGAGGCAUUCCUUUCCCACACAUUGCUGUGACCGAUAGUGAUAAAAAGCAACCAAAGGAGUGUUACAUGUUUUUGAAUGCUACAGAUCCCAGGGCCCCCAUUAUUCUUCAUUUCCCCUUAGUGAACGAAACAUUUAAAAAAUACAAAGCACCAGGAAUAAAACGUGAGACUGAAGAGGAAAAAUCUUUUGGUGACUUUCAAAUAUAUACAGAAGAUAGUCCUUAUAGUUCCAUGAACCUCACCUAUGACCCAAUACAAUUUGAUAGAUUGCUGCAAUUAAACUGUUACAAUAUUAUCAACAACAAGGAUACGAUUUUAAAAGCUCUCACUAUGGCCAUGAUGCGAAAGAAGUUCAAGAAAAAGAGAAAAUGACACACACACAAACACAUCUAAUUAGGCUUGUUGGUAAAAGCACCAAAAUGCUUGAGUAGUGAGAAGACAUAUGGAGCUUAUACUUUCCUAAGAAAGUUUAAAAUUUGGAGUUUUUGCAGUGAUGGCAGAGGCAAGCCAACUGUAUAAGCAAGAUUGAGCAGGUGCAAUUUUAAUAGUAGCAAUAUUAAAAUGUAUAUUAAUGUGUAUCUACUUUUCUUGUAUUCUUCCUAUACACUGCAUAUUCAUAUGCUAAUUUAAUGCAACAGGAAGCUAAAGGCUUAACCUAAAUAUUUAAACAAUAAGUAUUUUGAAAGGAGAAAUGUCAUUCCGCCUCCACAAUAUUAAUCACAGCACAUUCUGUGUUAAGGUCAACCUGUGACAGUAUCUUUACAGGAAUUUUGUUUGGCACAUACACCCAGGAGAACCUUGGUGGAGAACCUUUCAUUUGCAGAUAGAACUAUUUUACAGGAGUCACAAGUACCUCUCAUAAAUGGGUGCUUUACUUGCCUUUGCCAUUUUGCAAAUGGCAAAAUUCAGAUGUUAAUCCAACUGGAUUUUGUGUGGAAAAUGAGUCCCUCCCUGGCCAGAAUCCUAGAUGGUUAUCUACAAAGUGGAAAUGUCUUAAUCCAGAUAAUCUUCAUAAGUGGCCUAUUCUAUUAAAGGUAUUGGAAUGGUAUGGAUGCUGUGAAAUUUAUUUUUCUGCAGUCAUUGGGUGCUCAACUUCUGGCAAGUCAAUAAGUAUCCUGUUCUGACCCCUCAAUUUUGUGCCAGACAGAAUUCCUUCCUAAAAAAAAAAAAAAAAAAAAAAAAAAGCAAAAGAUAGCAGUAUUU